CGUCACGACGACUGGUGUGAGUGAGGCAGCAUGGAUGACAUGGAGAACUGGCCAGAAGUAGAGAAAGCUGCGGCCGAGAAGAGGCGUGAGCUGGUCCUACAGGGUCCCGGCGUCGACAAGAGGGUGUCCUCCCACGGGGGGCUCGUCUCGUCCAUCUUCUCCCUCACGCUGCUGAAUUACCUGGAGGUCAGCCAGUGCCCGAGUUUGACAGAGAUCCACGAGGACAUCCGGCGCCUGACCACCCUCCAGAGCCUCAUCCUGUGCAGGAACAAACUGGCCUCCGUCCCGAGUGCCAUCGGCGACCUCCGGUCCCUGAGGGUCCUGGACCUGUCGGUCAACGACCUGACGGUUCUGCCGGACGGCCUCGUCCAGCUGAGGGAGCUGAACACGCUGAACGUGAGCUGCAACCGGCUGGAGGCGCUGCCCGAGGGGCUGGGCCAGUGCACCAAGCUGUCCACCAUCAACGUCUCCAAGAACCGCAUCACCGGCUUCCCCGCGGACUUCUACUCCGAGCGGCUGGAUCUGCUCAGCAGCCUGGUGGCCUCCGACAACUGCAUCCGGGAGCUGAGCGGGGACGUCCACAAGCUCGCCGCCCUGAAGGUUCUGGAUCUUUCUCAAAACAAGCUGAGCGAGAUCCCGUCCGAGCUGAGCGACUGCCCCAAGCUGAAGGAGAUCAACUUCAAGGGCAACAAGCUGAGCGACAAACGCCUCGAGAAGAUGGUCAACGGCUGCCAGACCAAGUCCAUCCUCGAGUACCUCAGGGGAAAGGGGAAAGGGCGACAGGGAGAGGACGGGGGCGACGCGGACGGCGGACGCAACGCCGACAAGAGGAAACGGCAGCAGCAGAGGAAGAAGAAGGACAAGGGGGCGGAGGAGCCGGACGAGGUGGAGGAGCUGAACAAGAUGGUGCUGAGGGUCCUCCACGUUUCGGACGCGUCCGCGGCGCUCGAGGUCAAAGUGACCGCCGAGGUCAAGGACGUCCGGCCGUACUUGGUGUGCUGCGUGGUCCGGGGCAUGAACCUCAAGCCUGGCAACUCUCUCAAACGGUUCCUCGUGGCUCAGACAAAGCUCCACGAUGACCUGUGUGGCAAAAGGACCACCGCGACCAUUGCGACUCAUGACGUGCAGCUUCUCAAGGGUCCACUGACAUACGACGUCAAACCGCCGACCCAGCUCAAGAUUGUUGCGCUGGGCCGGAAGGAGAUGACGGCAGUCGAGCUGAUCCGACUCCUCCACCUGGAGGCGGAGGACCUGAGGAAGCAGAAGAAAAGGCAGAACGUUACUGGCCUCCACAAAUACCUGCAGCUUUUACAAGGAAAAGCGUUCUAUCCCUGCCUAGUCGAUGCGGAAGGGCAUGUGAUCUCAUUCCCGCCUAUUACCAACAGUGAGAACACCAAGAUCAAGAAGACGACCAGAGAGUUGUUUUUGGAGGUGACGAGUGCAACCAGCCUGCAGACCUGUAAAGACAUUAUGGACGCUCUGAUUGUGAAAAUGGCAGAGUUGAACAAGUUCACAGCGGAGCAUCGCGAGGAGGCGGGGUCAGACGGGGAGGGAGACGGUCCCCCCGAACCGGCGACCGGCGGCAGCGAGAUCUCCAGCGAGCUGAUCGUCCAGCAGGUCCGAACUGUCGACCAAGACGGGAACCUGAAGGUCGUCUACCCGUCCAAGACCGACUUCUCCAAAGACAUCAGCAAUCUGACCAUCAUUUGGUAGUCGUGCCGUGAAUAACCUGCUUACACUUUCAUAUGCUACACAAAGUCAUUUAAUGUUUGGGCAUUUACAACACACAAAUCUGAUCCUGUAGGAUUUUCAUAACGGCGUCCUUUAAGCGUCACCUGUUGAUGAAUUUAAAUAUAUAAGAUUGCACAGCUUUACAAACCCCAUCGAAUUAUACUUAAAUAAGUCAUUUUGCCACAUCCUUAAAGCAUGACCCACAUGACAUACUGUAUGUCCAAAUAUUCGUAUUUUUGUAUUAUUUACGGACUGAAGACAACUUGUCCGUCGGUGAAAUUCAUUUUGUUCAGCUGACAUUGGCUUUAAGUCGGACUGCUCACUGAUCUGUGCCACUGGAAAGUUUGUAUUUAUAUUUAUCAACGACUGGAACUUUCCCUUUAAGCAGCAGCAAAUGACAUCUACACAAGACUGAAUAAACGUCUCUUUUUGUUUUCA